CUUAACGAAUAACAAAUUAACAACUACAAUUUCACAUUUUAUUCAUAAUCUUAAAAUUAUACAAAUCACUCUUUUUCUUCUGUAUAUAAAUAUAAAUCUCAUUACAACAGAACCGCACAAAAAAAUAUUCACAGUUUUUAUCUCAUUCUUCCAAUUUUGUUGUGAAAAUGGGAAGGGGAAGAGUGGAGUUGAAGAGAAUUGAAAACAAAAUCAACAGACAAGUUACCUUCGCUAAACGAAGGAACGGGCUUUUGAAAAAAGCUUAUGAACUUUCGGUUCUUUGCGAUGCUGAAGUUGCUCUCAUCAUCUUCUCCAAUAGAGGAAAAUUGUACGAGUUUUGCAGCAGUUCAAGCAUGCUCAAAACGCUAGAGAGGUACCAGAAAUGCAACUAUGGUGCUCCUGAAGCCAAUGUAUCUGCACGAGAAGCAUUGGAGUUAAGCAGCCAACAGGAAUAUUUGAAGCUGAAGGCACGUUAUGAAGCAUUACAACGGUCUCAGAGGAACCUUAUGGGAGAAGACCUUGGCCCUCUGAGUAGCAAAGAGCUCGAAUCGCUUGAAAGGCAGCUAGAUUCAUCCUUGAAGCAAAUAAGAUCAACAAGGACCCAAUUCAUGUUGGACCAACUCUCUGAUCUUCAACGCAAGGAACAUAUGCUAAGCGAGGCUAACAGGUCUCUCAGACAAAGGCAGUUGGAAGGGUAUCAAUUGAAUCAACUUCAAAUGAACGCGUGUGUUGAAGAAAUGGGCUAUGGUCGGCAUCCAAGCCAAAAUCACGGUGAUGGCCUCUUUCAACAAUUGGAGUGUGAGCCGACAUUACAAAUCGGUUAUCAGCACGAUCCAGGAUCGGUGGUCACAGCAGGCCCAAGCAUGAGUAAUUACAUGACAGGAUGGUUACCAUAGUGGGAAGCCCUGGUUGCGUUUUCACUUUUCAGCAUAUGAUCCACUCCACCAGCAGAUUUGUGGUUCCAAUUUUAUUUGAAAAUGGUCAGAAAAGUUAGUUUCCUUUGACAUGUAAUGUACACUACUACUUGUUUCCUUUGACAUGUAAGUUUCUACUGUGUAGGAACAAUGUAAGCAGUUCUUUUCUAUGUGUGCUUUCAUAAAACUGCACUUGUUUCUUUCUGUCACUGUUUUCUUCCCUUUCUGAUUAGAUAAAUCUUAAUAAUAAUAAUUGUUUGCAACCUCUUA